UGGAACCUUCACGCUUCAAGACUGGAAAUAUCUAAUAAAUUUGCCAACUUUUCUGCUUGAAAUUUUCCCUUUUCUGAGUAUAUAAGCUUCCAUGUAAAAUUUUAGCAGUCCUUUUCUUUUCUUUUCUGUUCUUUUGUGGAUAAACAAGGGAUAUUUUGCUUCAACUAAGACAGUUUCCGAGCUCAAAUCCUUUGCAUCAGUAGAAAAGGCAGAAACCUACUUAAUAAUAAAGUUUGUUUUUUUAUCAGUUCUGCAAUAAGUGUUUCUGGAGAUGGGAUCCAUUGAGGAAAAGAUAGACCUUGAUUCCGACGAGGAGAUCCCUUUUAGAGUGCCGCAGCCAACUAAUAAGAUGCAUUCGAUGAGUUUUGAACCUUCUCGUCAUAUCUUGGCACACCCUCAGUUUUCUGCUUCUUGGGUUAUACGAAAGGUGAAUCGAGUCAGCAUCCUCAGAAGUAUAUACAUUGUCUUGAUCAAAGCGAGGAUCAACGUGUUGCUGCCAUUUGGGCCUCUAGCUAUAUGUUUACAUUAUUUUACAAAAAUGCAUGGAUUGGUGUUCUUCUUCAGCUUAAUUGGCAUUAUCCCUUUGGCAGAGCGCCUUGGUUAUGCUACCGAGCAACUUGCGUGUUAUACAGGUCCAACUGUUGGUGGCCUUCUAAAUGCUACAUUUGGCAAUGCUACUGAGAUGAUAAUUUCAAUUUAUGCAUUACAAAACGGAAUGAUAAGGGUUGUUCAGCAAUCUUUACUGGGUUCCAUCUUGUCGAAUAUGCUCUUGGUGCUCGGUUGCGCCUUCUUCUGCGGUGGGCUCGUUCAUCACCACAAAGUCCAGCAUUUCAAUAAGGCCACUGCGCUUGUGAAUUCAGGGUUACUGUUAAUGGCGGUUAUGUGCAUAUUGUUCCCGGCUGUUCUACAAUUCACUCAUACAGAAGCGCACAAGGGAAAGUCGGAGAUGGCUCUUUCACGAGUCACCAGCUGUGUUAUGUUGAUUGCUUAUGCGAGCUACCUUUUCUUUCAGCUCAAGAGUCAGAAUAAUUUGUAUAGUUCUCUUGAUGAGGUUAGGGAUAAUGAUGAAGCUGAUGAUGAUGAAGUCCCCGAGAUUAAUCCGUGGGAAGCAAUCGGGUGGCUUGCUAUGCUGACUCUUUGGAUAUCCCUUCUAUCUGGAUAUCUUGUUGAUGCAAUACAGGGAGCAUCCGAUUCAAUGAACAUGCCCGUCGCCUUUAUUAGUGUUAUUUUGCUGCCAAUCGUUGGGAAUGCUGCAGAACACGCUAGUGCUAUCAUGUUUGCGAUGAAGGACAAGCUUGACAUAACUAUCGGAGUAGCAAUUGGGUCGUCUACUCAGAUUUCAAUGUUUGUAAUUCCGUUUUGUGUAAUUGUCGGUUGGAUUAUGGGACAGCCUAUGGAUUUGAACUUUCAACUCUUCGAGACUGCUACACUAUUCAUCACAGUAGUAGUGGUGGCGUUUAUGCUUCAGGAAGGUCAAUCAAACUAUUUCAAAGGUUUGAUGCUUAUUUUGUGCUAUAUCAUCGUCGCUGCCAGUUUCUUUGUGCACAUUGAUCCAACAAAGGAGGAUGAUUGAGCUGAUGGAGUGGUGAAGCUCGUGAUUCUUGAGAAGAUUCCGAGUCCUUGUAAGAACACAUACAACAGCGGUAACCUUUUGUUCGUUGGUGAGACUAAUGUUCACUUGUGAAGGAGCAGUUGUGCAGCAGGUAAAACCUAUACAGCCACUGGCUCUGCACUCAUAUGUUGUACUUUGAUAGUUUUGUCACGUUUGCUCGUGCGAAACUCGUGGCCCUUCGACUAAAUUUUUGGCCCUUUGUAGCUAUACAGGUUGUAAUCUUGGUGAUUUAGAUUGAAUGCAAAGAAUUGGAGCAUGUUCUUGAAUUGGAUUGUCUCACAAUAUAUUUUCACUUUGGUGAAAGUGAAAAUCAUCUUUUCAUUUUUUA